AGUCAGAAUUUGAAGAGGAGUCAAUUCGGCUCAUAUCGUAAACGACGUCGUAGAGUCCGAUUACCGGAGAGCUCUAGCUGGCCGGAGAUCGGAGCUUAAAAAAUGGGUUUCAGCUUGGGGUUCCUGGUUGGCAUCUUCGGGGUUCUGAUUCUCUCUCAUGCCGCCUACUCAACUGUUCAGUAUAGGGGAUUGUUGAAGAUUAUGGAGGAGGAAUUUUCAGGGCCUCCGUUUACUGUGGUGGCGGAAUUGCUGGUAGGGCUAGUGUUGAGUUUGUGGGCAGGACUUACUGUUCCGGGCACGUUUCUGUCGAUACAUCCCCAUUCUGAAGAGAAUAGGAUUGUUGCUCUACCGGCAAACCUAGACUUUAUGGUCUUCAACCAUCGUGGCAAAGUAUUUCCCCUGGAGAUGGAUUUGAAGCUGAAGCAUUAAGGUCUUCAAUUAAUUCAAGCAGAACACAGUUUUUAGUUUUUCUGGCCUUCAGAGCGAAGAAUGGCAACAUGUGGCACAAUACUGCAUUUGACAGCAUCUGGAAAAUCAUGAACACUACUUCACUACUUGUUUUUGUUUCCUUGGAGUAUGUUGCUGUAUUUUGCGUUUACCUAUGUAGCUUCUAACCAUUGGAUACCUGUUCACUUAAUCUGUUACUAUGGCCUAGUCAUUUACAGUAAUUUGAACUACUUGCUUUUCCAGCUCUUUCUAUUC